AUGGCACGUGGGGACCACGACGAUGACGACCCUGCCAUACAAGCCAUUGCGGAUGAGUUGAUGCAAGAGGGCUACAAGGCAAAUCCUCCCACAGCUCGUCAACCCUCUGCUCACCUCCCGCAGGCACAAGCCUCCCAUCAUCAGCAUCCGCAACAUGUCGACCCCAUUGUACACGUCAUCAAGCGAGAAAGCAGCAACAACAACCGGGCUCAAGCCGUAUCCAAUGCGCUGGACCAGCUCAAUCUCCACGAUAUGCUUGAAGCUCCUGUGGAACAUGCCAAUGGACAAGCCGUGCACGAUGCAGCGAUUCGACAUCCACCUGCCACCCAGCCUAAAGACAUCCCCGAUUAUCUCCUCAACACAAUGAAGGACGAGCCGCCCUAUGGCACCCCGCCCGAUGAGACUGCCAAAAAGGACCCAAGCAUCUAUUGUUUUGUUCUCACUACUCCUAAACGCCACGACCCCAAGGCCAUCGCUGUCAACAACAGCUGGGGUCUACGCAUGGACCGGCUCGACUUUAUGACUUCAGAGCCAUACCCGGGCCUGAACACGGUUCUACUGCGUCUUCGCAAUGAGAGCCGUAAAACCCUCUGGCCCAAAAUCAAGUUGGCUUGGCUUCACACGUAUCAACAUCACCUCGACGAUCACGACUGGUUCAUGAAGGCCGAUGACGAUACCUUUGUCGUGGUCGACAACCUGCGCCAGUUUCUCGCCCAAUACGAUCCCAAUAAACCUCACUUCUUUGGCCACCGGUUUCUGCUUCACCGGGGCCAGGGUCCUCAGGCUGAGCUGUCGUACUACUCGGGCGGAGCUGGCUAUGUACUGAGUCGAGCUGCGCUGAAGCUGCUGGGCGACAACGCUGCAAAGGCACUCACAAACAACGGGUUGGCAGAAGAUGUCGAAAUGGCGCGCAGCAUGCUCAAGGUCGGCGUAACCUGCGAGGACUCGCGGGACGCCGAAGGCCACGAGCGCUUCUUACCCAUGAACAUUGACAAUAUGCGUUACCGUUACAAAUUUGCCACCAAACCCAAGUUUUGGUAUUGGCGCUACGUCUACUUCCCGCCCAAGGAUGGACUGCAACGAUGCAGUAACGAUCAAAGCGCUUCCUACACACACACACACUCUCUCUCUCUCUCUCUCUCUCUCUCUCCCUGUCUGUCUCUCUUCAACCGCGUUUCGUAA